ACACUGACGGAGGCGGGAAGGAGAAGACCGAGGCGUCAUGGCUGUGCUGCUGGAAACCACGCUGGGGGAUCUCGUGGUCGACUUGUACACAGAGGAGAGGCCUAGAGCUUGUCUGAAUUUUCUAAAGCUCUGCAAAAUCAAGUACUACAAUUACUGCCUUAUACAUAAUAUACAGAGAGAUUUUAUCAUGCAAACUGGAGACCCCCAGGGCACUGGCCGCGGAGGUGAAUCUGUUUUUUGCAAAUUGUAUGGGGAUCAAGCUAGAUUUUUUGAAGUGGAAAAAGUACCAAGAAUUAAACAUAAGAAAAAAGGGACAGUGUCAAUGGUGAACGAUGGCAGUGGUCAGCAUGGAUCUCAGUUCCUAAUUACUAUAGGAGAGAACUUGGAUUACCUGGAUGGUGUACAUACAGUGUUUGGUGAAGUAACAGAAGGCAUGGAUGUAUUGGGGAAAAUUAACGAGGCCUUCGUCGACAAAGAUUAUGUUCCAUAUCAAGACAUCAGGAUAAACCAUACAGUGAUCUUAGAUGAUCCGUUUGAUGACCCCCCUGGUUUGGCAAUACCAGAUCGUUCACCAGAGCCCACAAAAGAGCAGUUGGAUAGUGGGAGAAUAGGAGCUGAUGAGGAAAUUGAUGACUUCAAAGGAAAGUCUGUUGAUGAAGUGGAAGAAAUUCUGGCAGAAAAAGAAGCAAAAACUAAGGCUAUUCUUUUGGAAAUGGUUGGAGACUUGCCUGAUGCAGAUAUCAGACCACCUGAAAAUGUUCUUUUUGUCUGCAAACUUAAUCCUGUGACAACUGAUGAAGACCUUGAAAUCAUAUUUUCCCGAUUUGGGUCAAUAAAAAGUUGUGAAGUGAUUCGAGAUUGGAAGACGAGUGAAUCCCUCUGCUAUGCUUUCAUUGAGUUUGAAAAGGAAGAAGAUUGUGAGAAAGCUUACUUUAAGAUGGAUAAUGUGUUAAUAGAUGACAGGCGGAUACAUGUGGAUUUUAGCCAGUCUGUUGCAAAGAUUAAAUGGAAAGGAAAAGGUGGGAAGUAUACCAAGGAUGAUUUCAAAGAGUAUGAAAAGGAUCGUGACAAAACUUCUAAUUUAAGUCUGAAGGAGAAGGCAAAGCCCAAACAAGACUCAAAAUAUGAUCUUCUAUUGGAGGACACAGAGGAAGAAACGAAAACAAGUCAUAGGCACUCUGAUAAAAAGAAGAAGAAACGCCACCAUUCAGAUGACACUGAUGAGGAUGAGAGGAAGACCAAAAAAUCUAAGGACCCAGCCCGAAGGCACAAAGAAGAAGGCAGCCGAGACAAAAGAAAAAGUGACAAGCACGAAAGACAUCAGAGCCGCAGUCGCAGUCGGUCUCGGGACAGAGACAACCGCUACAGAAAGUCUAAAGACAAACACCAUGAGUCCUGGGAAAGGGAACAUGAAGAGAAGAGGAAAGCCAGAAGCCCCAAGAAGUCCAAAGAUAAAGAAAAGUCCAAAUACAGAUGAACAAGGUUUUUGAAACUCUUCUCCAGGAUUUGUCUGCCACUGAGAAGCCCCCAAAAGGCUCCGAGUCUCCUCUUCAGACUUGUGGUCCUGGUACUCCAUCAGAGGACAUCUUAUAGUAGCCUUCCCCCACCUGGUGCCCGCCAGAUGUGUUGGACUGCAAGCCCUUCAUCCCAGCUAACACCUGGAGAGCACCAUGUUGGGGAAGGCUGUCUUAUAGUGUGGAGUCUAGUACAAUUCUGACUGUUUAAACUUAAAACACUUUUUAUUCGUGAAUUUUACUGAGGCAGAGUGUAAGGUUUGAAGCCGUGGCGAUACAUUGUUGACAAAUCUGCAGCAUUUUGAUUAAAGCGUUGUCUAGGCAUUAUUCUGUCAACUAUUAAGGGCUAUUCUACACAUGCUGAAUUUCAUACUCCCUCAGUUCUGUAUAGGAGAUUGCAUAUAGCCCGAGAACAUAUGUUUACAUGUGAUGAAAGAUCUGUUUAUUUUGCCAUGGGACCCCUGCUACCAGCUGGGGUUUCAUCUUGAAUGUGUUGAGAUCACAUAUGACAGAUUUGAUUUCCUAUACAGAAGUGAUACCUGUGUAGAGAUUUCAUUUUGUGUGAAAUGGCUGUAAAUUCUGUUGCUGAAAUGUUGCUGUAAAUUCUAGUAAUGGGAGUUAUUUUAUAAUGCAACAUUCAUAAUUUAGCAUCCGGUUUGUGUUUUUAUUAUACCUACUUACUGGAGCUGUUUUUGAUAUAAAAACUAGUCUCACCACUCUGUAGUUAUUGCAAUGUAAGUAAUAUCUCCAAACAAUCCAAAACUGGGAACUGAAGUUUUAUUGGCACUUUUACACAAGAAUGGAAGAAAAAGCCACAUCACCCACAAAGAAGUAGAUCUGGCAGGAUGAAUGUUAAUUGGAAAGGUGCAUAGUGAGACAAAAAUCAUGUCUUGUGGGUGUUUGGCUUAGUCCAAUAAAAGUUCAGCGUAUUACAGUAUUUCACAAACAAUUGCGUGUGUUGUAAUGCUGUAAACUCUUAAUGUAAAAACUAUCAGACACAGUAUAUGUAUUAAAUUAGGGCAUUUAGUUUCCUACACUUGCAUUUGAAAACUAACUGCCUACUUUGCUUUGACUGUAGCAAUACAUCUCUCAGUUGUUGCUGCAAGGAAAUGUUCACAGUACCAGCAGAGAAAGGAAAUGCCUAUUAAGCCACAACCCUAGAUAUAAAAUAAUAUAGGGAUUGAGUAAUUUCAGUUUUGCUGUGACUUAAGUGUUUUUUAAAAUUUGCGAUCCACUUAAUUUAAAAAUUACGAAGCAAUGUAUACACAGGAUCUCCUAAUAGUUGUUUUAAGUGAUCAUGGGUAUGCAUUCCUGCUUAAGAGUAUAAUUGACCACAGUGCUAUCAUAUUCAAUAUAUAUUUAAGUAGGAAACUCCCCAGGAAGUCCAACACAGUCACAUUUGACUUCAAAAGAGGGAACUUCUCUAAAAUUAGGAAACUGGUGAAAAGGAAGCUGAAAGGGGGAGUCAAGAGGCUUAAAUCCCUUUGAAAUGUGUUUAGGUUACUCAAAACCACAAUAACAGAAGCUCAGCUGAAAUGUAUUCCACAGGUUACGAAAGGUAACACCAAGUCCAAGAGGUCACCAGCAUGGUUAACAAGCAGCAUCAAUGAAGAUAUUAUAGAAAAAUGGAAAUCUUGCCUAAGGGAGGGAAAUAAAAGGGAGCACAAGCUUGUACAAGUGAUGCAAAAAGCAUUUUGAAGAGCAUAUUACUAACAAUGUCAAGGCCAUCAAUUUUUUUAAUAUAUCAAAAACAGGAAACCAGCUGAGAAAGCAGUUGGGCCGUGGGAGAACAAUGGAAUUAAGAGAGUACUAAAGAUGGACAGCGGGUUUGCAGAGAAGUUGAUUGAAUUCUUUGCAUUGGUGUUCACUGCAGAAGAUGCAGGACAGAUACCUGUGCCUUUGAGGAUGUCAAACAUGUAAACAGGGAUGAUUGGGUGGACAUUGUUUACUUGGGCUUCCAAAUGAAGUCCCUCACCAAAGACUCCUGAGCAAAUGUAGCAGUCAUGGAAAUAUCAACCCAGUACAUGGCUGCUGUAAAGAAAGCAAACUCUGUUAGGCAUUAUUAGAAAAAGAAUUGAGAAUAAAACUGCCAAUAUCAUACUGCCUUUAUACAAAUCUAUGGUGUGGAGAAUGCGGAUAUGGAUACAUUUUUCUCCCUUCAUAAUACUAGAACCUGAAGUUAUCCCAUGAAGCUGAUUGGUGGGAGGUUUACAACAAAUAAAAGGAAGUACUACACACACUGCAUAGUUAAACUAUGGAAUUCCCUACCACAAGAUGUAGUGAUGGCCACCACUUUAGAUGGCUUUAUAAACGGGUUGAUUAAAUUCCUGAAGGAGAAGGCUAUCAGUCUAGUCUUCUUGAUGGCUAUGUAGCAGCUCCAGUAUCCCAGGCAGUAAGCCUAUCUACACCAAUUGCUGGGGAACAUGGGGAUGGUUACAGUUCACCUGUUUCCUGCUUGUGGGUUCCUGGUCAACUGCUGUUUGGCCACUGUGCGAACAGAGUGCUGGACUACAUGGACCCUUGGUCUGAUCCAGCAUGGCUCUUACAUUAUGGUUGUUGGAUAAGGGCAAGAGCCAUACCUUUCAAAAUUUCAGCAAAUAGCAGGCAACCCCUGCCUGUGCUUAAAAUACAAUAGUAUUUUAUAUAAUAAGAAAAAUACAUUCCCAGACAUACAAACCCACACACAUACUUUCACCUUUAUAGAUAGAGAUUAAGAAAGAUACAGUACCAUUUUUGUAUGAAAAAUGUUUCUGUGGUUUUUUAUUUGAAAGUCAUUCCUCCAUAUGGGCUUUACAUAUGUGGACAAUUCUUUCUUGUUAAAGCAAGGAGUGAAAGAAUAGUUUUGAUUGGUCUAGAUGCAGAAGUCAUCAACCUCAACAGAAACACUACUCAGACAUCUGGAUUACUUUAAAUUCUCCAGUUGCUGAGCUUGAAAGUAUAAGAGAAUUUCAUUUAUUUACUAAAUUUAUACUCUACUUUUCAGCCCAGCAGACUUGCAGAUCAGCUUUCAACAAAUGUAUUUUAGGAUUAAUAUUAAAACUGGAAGAGACUGGUGCUAAGAGGCCUUUGUCCUUCAACUUCCUUGCUGAAGAAGUUGUUUAAGCCAUGUGCUUAAAUACCAGCAGUGAAGGGACCUGGUGCAUCUCCUUUGAGAGGGAAUUCCAAAUCAUACAAAAUUACAUGCUGCUUUGACAGCAAGCCUAGUUUCUAAUCUCCAUGGCAUUUGCAGUGAGAAGGAGACAUUUUGCUCCAAAUUCCCAAAGUGUUUAUAUUUUCAUUUCCAGGUAUCUUGUACGGCUCAUCAAUUCUCAGUUUGUAGCCCAUAAAACACGGUUCAUCUAGCUGACUAUUGGAUUGCUUCCAUUGUGUGUGCUAAGCUCACAGGGAUUCUGACACUUAUCUUUUCUAACUUCAGCAAAACAAUAAGUGUUUUGUGGCCAUCAGAGAGAGAAAAAGAAAGAUGUCAAAAGGUUACACAGUGCUGAUAUCUGAAUCAGCCUCCUGGAAAGCAAGAGAGGGAAAGCAGCAACCAUUGAACUGAAACAAAUGCUAGAAUGCAGGCUGUAAAGAAUUCUAUGUGACAUUAAAGUUUAAAUAUGCCUACGCUAACAAAAAUUCCAAUAAAAGAUAUUUAUAGAA